AUGGACGCAGGUUGGGGAGCUGCCCGCAGCCACCCCGACAGUGAGGACGAGGAGCUGCAGGCGCUGGCGCAGGAGCUCUUACAGCUGCAGGCUAAACAGAGGAAGCUGGAGAGAGAAGUGGAGAAGCACAAGGUGUUUGAAGACUACCUGAUCCAGGUGCUUGAGAAAAUCCCCACGGGCUGCAAGGCCCCGGGGGAGCCCGAGACGGCGCUGGUGAAAGCCUUGGUGGAGCACUACGGGCAGCUGCUGUCGGCCAGGCAGGACGUCCAGGCGCGGCUGCAGGCCUUCUCCCAGAUGAACCGGGACGUGCACCAGAGGCUGCGGUCCCUGGAAGACAGCCACAGGGCUCUCAUGCCGAGCCUCAAGAUCCGGCUUUGCCAGCUGCAGAAGAAGUGUCACCGCAAGCAUGCGCAGUGCCGACUGCUGGGGCGCGGCACCACCUGCCAGGAAGAUGCUGACUGCGACCCGCAGACGCACACCCAGAGCCGCUGCAGCCAGCAGCUCAGCACAGCGCAGCUGCUCAUCGACAGUAUGGCCCGGAGGUGCCGCCCCAGCCCCCACCGCGAGGCCAAGAGCGUGGGCCUCUUCUCCCAGCUUGAGCUGAUCAAGGAAUUUAUACUGGACAAGAUGGAGACGGUGAGAAUCCUCUCGCUGCUCGCGGAACCCAGAGAGUGCUGGUCGGGGGACAGCCUCAAGAGCCACAGGAGGAAGCUGCAGCUCGGGCGGUCAAGCGGCCUGUCUGAGGUCACACAGCAGGCCAAGCGGCUGAGCCAGGAUGCAAAUUCGGGUCAUUGGCCUCCAGAUGGAGCAAGUAUUCCCCGAGAUGGGACGCGACUGGGUGGUGAGCAACACAAAAAGGAGAGCAUUGCCCUGGUGCUCCUGUGUGCCGGGCACCUUCCUGGUGAGCAACCCUGCGAGAGCGAGCAGCCGGGGGUACCAGCUGUCAUCACCCGGGCCUCUGCGGUGAGCUGA